GAACCGUUAAUUCGAACGGCGAGCUGAGAGUGAUGUAAAUUCAACAUACUCUGACAGAUUGUAUUUUUUCGGUGUCAUCCGUGUCAUCAUAUUAUUUUUGAAGAUUAUUUUCAUUUGUGCUUCAUUCGUUAAUAUAUUUUUCUAAAUCAUGAAUUCACCGGUGGAUCCACGACGGGCAGAUAAAAUUAAUCGCUACAAACCACCCAGUCAGGGUGCUGGCAGCGAGGAUCUUGUGCCCGAUUACAUGAAUAUUUUAGGUAUGAUAUUUUCCAUGUGUGGUCUCAUGAUGAAGUUGAAAUGGUGUGCUUGGAUAGCCCUUUAUUGCUCUUGCAUCAGCUUUGCCAACUCCAGAGCGUCAGAUGACGCAAAACAGGUGCUGUCUUCGUUUAUGCUGAGUGUUAGUGCAGUCGUCAUGUCAUAUCUUCAAAAUCCAGCCCCAAUGACCCCACCCUGGGCUUCAUAAUUAUACAUCCACUAAGCUAAUAUACGGAUCAAAUAAAGAUACCUUUAAGUGAACAACUGGCAAG